GAAGUAUCAUGGAGGAUCAGUUAGCGGAGAGUAGCCAUUGAAGAAAGCCGAGCUGUAAUUCUGAGCUCCGGAGUUUCUGCAUUUUUUAAACAUACAGUUGUCUUCCUUCGGACGAAAUUGUCGUAUAUUUAUUUUUGGAAAUGGAAAUGAAGAAGAGAAUAAGUUUAGAACUACGGAACAGGACUCCAGAAGAGGUGGCGGAGCUGGUGGUGGAUAACUGUCGGUCCAGCAACGGGGAGGUGGAGGGACUGACGGAUGACUUCAAAGAGCUGGAGUUCCUCAGCAUGGUCAACGUGGGCCUGACGUCUCUGGCCAAGCUGCCCUCACUGCCCAAACUGCGCAGGCUGGAGCUGAGUGAUAACAGCAUCUCCGGUGCCCUGGAGACCCUGUCGGAGAAAUGUCCCAGCCUGACCUACCUGAACCUGAGCGGCAACAAGAUCAAGGAGCUGCAGACAGUGGAAGCCUUGCAAAAUCUGAAGAACCUGAAGAGUCUGGACCUGUUUAACUGUGCGAUCACCAGCCUGGAGGACUACAGGGAGAGCAUCUUCCAGCUGCUGCCCCAGGUCACUUACCUGGAUGGCUUCGACCAGGAAGACAACGAGCCCCCCGACUCGGAGGUGGAUGACGACGAUGAGGAUGAGGAUGGCGAAGAAGGGGCUGGCCCCACAGGGGACUACAGUGACGAGGAUGACGAGGAAGGCUCGGAGACGGGCGAGGUGGGGCUGUCAUACCUGAUGAAAGAAGGCAUCCAGGAUGAAGAAGAUGAUGAUGACUAUGUUGAAGAGGAAGAGGAGGAAGCAGAGGAAGAGAAGGCUGCCGUCCACGGGGAGAAGCGCAAGAGGGAUCAGGAUGACGAGGGAGAAGAAGAUGAUGAUGAUGAUGAUGAUGAUGACGAACCCCCCCCCCCCAAAUCCCCAACCACACGCCCCCCCCCCUUAUCUCCUGGCCUCCCCCCAGGUUACUCAGGUCCUGAGCCAAGCUCUAGACCAUCCACAGGAUGUGUGAUCUUGCAGAUUUCAGUUUUGUAAUUCUUUUCUUUUUAUUUCCCUUUCUUUAUGAACUAUAGAUUUCACUGUAGAAAUGUACAUGUUGAAAUUUUGUUUUUGUUGUUUUUUUAGUUUCUUUUUAAGAUAUGCUAUUUGAAUAAAAAACAGAAAGGUUUUAAGAAAAUGUAAUCAUUCCAAGAUUUAUUCACCAAUCCCCCUCCUCCCACCCCCCCUUCUGAUAUAUUUGGGUUGUAUGCGGGGUCAUGUCAAGGCCAGUCUGAAUCAGACAUGCCAACUGCCUCUUUCUGGGCUUCAGUUUUCAAUCGGUAACAAGAUAUUUUUAGAUCUUUUUUUUUUCUUUUUUUGUCUUCAUUGGGUUUUUUUUUUUGGUUUUUUUUUAACCGCUGCGUUUGGUCUGCGUUUCGUUUUGUCGUUUUAACUGCUGGUUUGUUUAUUUUUGCAAGGGAUGAAGUGAACCCCCACCUGCUUAUCUCGGCAGGCUUGAUUACACCCCUCCGUGCUCCCCCCCCCCUUUUCCAGCUGUCCCAAGAAACUGCCCAUUUCAAUUUCACAUGUGGUCUCCACCCCCCCCCCCCUUUGUCUACCAUGGUUUGGCGCCAUGGUAACCCAGAGAUGUACGCACCCAGAACUCGACGGUGCGUCUGGUUCCACCACAACGUGUGUUUUUUGGUUUUGUUUGUUUUUUUUGUAGACUUCUCCAUUGCUUUCUAGUUCAUGUUUUUCUUCUAGUUUAUUUAUUUUUGUUUUGUAUCAAAUAAAUAAAUAAAUAUUGCUCCUUGUCUCUUAUAGGCUAGUCACAGCAGCUGUGGUAGAUCAAUCGUGAAAAUAAUCAAGGGGGUUCUUUUUUUUUUUUUGAGCACAGGUUGGUGGGGAGGGUGUUUGAGAAUAGUGUUGUUGUGGUGUACUGGAAGUUAGACUUUAAAUAAAUAAAUAAAAAAUUUAAAAAUAAUACCGGUGUUGGGCCCUGGGAGAGGCUUUGUGGAUUUAAAGAGGAUGGGGGUUAUAAUUUUGUUUGCCCUAAGCUUCAGAAUAAUGCAUGUCAUUUAUGUGGCACAUAAUACUUUAGCCCUAAAAGGAAAUGUGCAUAGCCCCACCCCCCGGUAGAGAAUGGAUUUGGGUGAUUUAGUGGAGAGUACAGUUCAGAUGAAACCAAGACAGGACUCCAGGCAAUCAUGGAAUUUCUUAACUUGUAAUUAUUCAUUCUGGUAUACAGAAGAACUGCAGAUUUGUUCGCCCCCCACUGCAUGGUGUUAAGCGAGUUAAAACACACUUCCAUUCACUGAAAGAGGAGGAGGAGGAGGAGCUAUAGUCCAGUGACAUCAUGGCGUUCGGGGCCCCAGGGCCGGUCCUAACAGUCAAAACGACAGGGACUGUUCAGCCUGCUCCAACAACUGUUCGAUCUUCACGUUCAAUUCGAAUCCCCCACCCCCCCGUAUUUCAAACCUUUUGUAGUUUUAGGGUGCGGUCAUUAAAAACAAUAAUAGCGUUACUCAAACUUUAAAGUUGUGAUUGACAGUUUAGACCAAACUACUCUUGUCAAGGAGUGAACUGUUCUCCCAUUUACCUCUUAAUCUUUUGGUCUGGCGGUGGACAUGAAUUAGUCAUUUUAGGGUUUUUGUUUUUGUUCAGGUAUUUUACGCAGUGAGAAUUUUUUUGUUUGUAAUGGCAAUAUGUAUAUAGUGUUCGUUCCAACUGUCAUUGUGUUUCCUGUGUAAAUGUUUUUUUUAAAGAACUGGUUUUAAUACAAAGCACAGGUCAAGAAGUCAGGCUUUAGACCGCAACACUCGAUAUAUAGUUUUGUUUUCGGUCCUUAGCUGUUGUGACAGUUGUGUGUUUGGCAUAUGUGUGCUGUAAACCUAAGAGAGGUUUUAAAUAAAAAAUUGUAAAAAAAAAACAUGCUUUAAAAUAAAAAUUUUAAAAAGGA